AUGGGGUCUCGCCAUGUUCCUGCUCGUACUGUGCUUUUUGAGAAGGAGAAGAAUGGUGUAACAUAUCGUGUUCCAGCCCUGCUCUAUAUUCCACGAUGGGCCACCAUGUUGGCAUUUGCUGAAGAGAGGCUGAGUGCAGAUGAUGCCCACGCUAACCUGCUGGUGUUAAGACGUGGAAAGUUCUACCGUAACUAUGUGGAGGUCAGUAGAAGUAAGAUGAGGGUUUGGACUCCAAACAUUUCAGUGAUGCAAGUGUUAAAGCAUUCCUCAUAUGGUAGAUAAAAUAGUAGCUGAGAUGUUCUGACUGAUUCCCCAUAUCUAUUAAAAGUAGACAUGAGCAAUUUGUUUCAUUCCAAAUCGAAUUUCAAAUCAAAACAAAGUAUUUGUGUCAAUAAUGAUAUCAAAUUGGUGACUUAUCUACUAAGAAACUGUAAGAUCAAAAUUAAUAAAAGGGCUCUUCUUAAUUUUUCUUUUUCGGCUGUUUGGUAGAUAGCCUCUUUAAUUUGGUAUCCUCACUUAGGAUUCUACUAAGCAACUCAAAAAAAGUUAGAUUUUAAAAAGUGCUUUUUUUCCUAAAGGAUAACUAUAGGCACCCAGAGAAUUUAAUUGAGAUUCUGGGUGCUAUGGGCAGCGCUGUGUGGGAUGCAAGGUAAGUUAACUGUCAAGGAGAAUUUUAGCAUCAGCUUAGUCAUGUAAAUGGUGACAAGGGCACCAUGGGCGUCCGCAGGAAUUUUUCCAGGGGGGGGGGCAUAAUUGUAAUGACAUCCAUGCCUGGUACCUUUUUGACAGUGUCAUGAAAGGGAAGGGGCAUAGCCAUUAUCACGUAAAGCCAGGGUGAAUAGCGUUUUCACAACUAUGGUGUCAGGAAUAUAUGUUUGUAUUCCUGACACUAUAGUGUUCCUUUAAGCAAAUUAAAGGACCAUUCUGGUCACCAUAACAACUUCACCUAAAUGAAAAUGCUAUGAUGCCAGGAAGCCCCUGGGUGCUCGCUUUCCUUUAAGGGGUUAAAUCGCUCUCAAAUGGUUUAACCCCAAAGGCUUCCUCCAGCUCCAGGUAGCUCAGUGGUAUUUAGCUUCUGAAACAGAGUGUCAGGAAGUGCAGAUUGACGUCAGGCAUGGGUGCCGCUGAUUGGCUAGAGUGGACAGUUGACGCUCUAAGCCAAUCGCUAGUUCCCGGUUCAUAAAAUAUUUUUACUUUUUUAUGAAUGGGGAGCUACUAAUUGGCUUAGAGUGCCAGCUGACCGCUCUGGACAAUCAGCAACACCCCCUACCCAACGGCACUCUGUGCUUCCUGACACUCAGUAAAUAAAAGUGAACACAUUAAUACUGAUAUUUUUUUACCUUUGGAGAUGAGAAGGUCCAGCGUUUCCCUGCCUGGCCCAGGUACCAAAGCCUUAUGAUGUGGUGUCCAGAAUAAAGUGGAGGUUCACUUCAUUUGUCCUUCCUGCUCCAAUCUCCUUUUCCUCUCCUUCAUUUGACAGUCUUUUUUUUUUCUUUUGACACUGUUUUCUAUCCUUGGCCCCUUCUGCUCUUUUACCUUUCUGCUACUUUCUGCUUAUUUAGCGCCCUUCUGCUCCUUUCUCAUUCUGAUCCCUUUCUGCUCCCUUUCUGCUCCCUUUUCUACUUUACCUUUGUGCUCCUUCUGAUUCUUUCUGCUCCUUUACCUUUGUGCUCCUUCCUGCUCCUUUGCAGGCCCUUCCUGCUCAUUCUCCUAUUUUACCUUUGUGCUCCUUCUGCCCCUUCCAGCUCAUUUCUGACCCUUUCUGCUCCUUCUACUUUACCUUUGUGCUGCUUUACCUUCCAGCUCCUUGCUGACCCUUCCUGUUCAUUUCUGUUCCUUUGUGCUCCUUCUCCUACUUUACCUUUUGUGCUCCUUGCUGUCCCUUCCAGCUCCUUGCUGCCCCUUUCUGCUCCUUGAUGUCACUUCCUGCUCAUUUCUGUUCCUUCUCCUUUUCUUACUUUACCUUCCUGCUCCUUGCUGACUCUUCAUGUAGGCUGUCUCCCCAUCCCUCACUUCCAUAGGCGUGCGCACAGGGUGUGUCGGGUGUGCCUGGGCACACCCUAAUCCCCGCGGCACGCCAAUGGAUUGAGACCGGCAGGGGAGAUCUCUGGAUCUCCCCGGUCGGCUCAUGCAGACCGACGCUAUCCGAGCGGCGGCUCUGGUCUAAGCCUCCAUGGGCCGGUGGGGAGAUCAAAGUUCUACCUCACCGGUCCACAGCAGCAUGGAGGGAGGCAGCAGAGAACCCGGGCUAGAGUUCACUCUCCACUGAACCACCAGGGAAGGCAGCACCCAAACAUACAGCACACACACACACAGUACCUACACACAGCACCUACCUACAGCCCACAAACAGCACACACAGCACCCACACACAUACAACACCCACACACACCCAGCACACUAACAGCAUCCUCACAAACACACAAAACCCACACACAAACAGCACACUCACACACAAACAGCACCCUGACAAACACACAACACCCAAACAGCACACUAACAGGAUCAGAACAAACACGCACACGCACACACAAACACCCUCUCACACACACACACACAGCACACUACCAGUUCCCUCACACACAGCACACAAACAGCACCCUCACAGACACACACACACAGCAGUGUAUAUAUAUAUAUAUAUACAUACGCACACAAACACACACACACACACACAUACACAUGGCGUGUGUUUGUGCUUUAGGAUGCACACCCUAAUGCAGUAGGCUGCACACACCUAUGCUCACUUCCCUAAUGUAUAGGCUGCCCCCCCCCAUGCCUCACUCCCCUAAUCUAUAGGCUGCUGCCCCCCAGCCUCACUCCUUAAUCUAUGGGCUGCUGCCCCACCCAGCCUCAGGGCUCUAAUCUAGGGCUGCUGCCCCCCAGCCUCACUCCAUGGGCUGCCCCCAACUCCCUAAUGGGCUGCUGCCCCCCAGCCUCACUCCCCUAAUCUAUAGGCCCCCCCCACUCCUAAUCUAUAGGCUGCUGCCCCCCCAGCCUCACUCCCCUAAUCUAUAGGCUGCUGCCCCCCCCAGCCUCACUCCCUAAUCUAUAGGCUGCUGCCCCCCCAGCCUCACUCCCUAAUCUAUAGGCUGCUUCUCACUCCCCUAUCUAUAGGCUGCUGCUCCCCAGCUUCACUCCUUAAUCUAUAGGCUGCUGUCCCCCCACAAAAAUCUAUAGGCUAUCUCAAACCCUCCCCCCAUCCCUCACUUACCUGAUCUGUAGGCUGUCUCUGGCUGUAUGUGUUGCUUCCCUGCGGUUUCAAUCAGCAGAGAGAAGCAGGGAUAAGAUGCAGCUUCCUAUCCCUGUCUCUCUCCAUACACUGGCCGGCGCCGGUAUUGCAGUUCAUUUUAAAUCUCACACAAAAAAUAUCAGAACAAGCUGAUAAAUCAAGCUGCGGACGCCCAUGGUUGCAUGUAUAUAGAAUGUAUAUGCUGCAUCUAAACAGAAUGUAUAUGCUGCAUGUAUACAGAAUGCAUGUGAUACGUGUAUAUAAAAUUUAUGUGAUAUACACAGUAUAGCACUGCCCCUGCCGCCGCAAGGGAGCUAUCUUCUUAACAGGGGAAAGAUCAAAAUAGUGCAAUGAACACAGCUUUGUAUUCCUGGCUCUCUACUAUCCAUUUGAGGCCAAGGGAUCAGCCUUGACUCUUUGUUUUAUAAUUUCAUGUCAGGAUGACCUUUUUAAUUUGCAGUUAUCAUGAAAAGUGCUGGGACGUUCAAAUUUAUAAACACUGAGCAGUUUAUUACUUUCAGUUAAUGACAAUUUCAAUUACUACCAAAUUAGUAUGUAUAUAUGGCAUUGUAGCCAUAUCCAUUAUGCCCAUGCAUCCAUUCAUCUGGCAAGAGUAAUAGUCCAAUCUAAUUUAACUUAAAAUUACUUACUUCAUAAAACAAACAAAAUACUUGCAGAAAAUAUAUUCCAUCUUUAGAAUUUUGUAUUCUCUCUUUAUUUUUUGAUCUCAUCAUAUUGAGUUGAUUGUUAUAAUUAUAUGGCCAUAUUAAAAAAUAUUAUAAAGUAUAUUGUAUUUCUGGCAGUGGGAGGAUAUGCGAGCAGUGGAGAGAGCACAUCUGCCAGGCCAUCGUUCCAUGAACCCUUGCCCAAUCUAUGAUGAAUUCACUGGGCAACUCUUCCUUUUCUUCAUUGCAGUCCUGGGCAGGACUACGGAAUCCUACCAGAUCACCACUGGGCGCAACCUCGCUCGCCUGUGCUACGUUACAAGCUUAGACCAUGGAAAAAGCUGGAGCAAUGUCACGGACCUGACUGUAGAGGUCAUAGGCAAGUCCAUAAAAGGUGAAUAGAUCUCAAAUUUCAUCAUUUGGAACAUAAGGUAGGUAAGGUAGAUAUACAAAAAGAACUUGGAUGAGGUAUUAAAUGAAAAUGGUGAAUUUAUUAGUUUAAAAUAAACAUAAAAACAAAGAUGAUAAAAGUCCUCAAAUAAAAGUCCUUUAAAAAUGGGCAAUUCUUUUUGGAGCCUCCAAGGAAUCCUCACAGGGGUAGUGCCAUCCCCACUCAAAUUGGCACAAAAUCCACAAACCUAGAGCCGGGAUUCGUAGGCUCAGGACCAGGUGAGCACCCCAUUUAUUGAACACAUAUCUGUGUCAUUUAUCACCAUAAGUCUACACAUUGGUUUGCUUUCUUCUCUUUUUUCGUGUUCUCGAGAAAUUCUUCAAGCCGAAGUAGGAGGGUGGUGCUACCAUAACAGCACACAAGCCUUUAUACGGAGCCAGUGUUUUCUAUAUACAGGCUCCUUGAAAUGUGAGUGUAAUAUUCAACACGAUAUUAUUAUAAUCACUGUGAAGCCAUUUUUUAGUACCAUCUACACUAUAUUGUAUUUUCUGUAUUUUAUUUUGACAUGUACCCCAUAUUUUACCAUUGAAUGAGACUACGUUUUGGUAAGAUUUAUCUGUGUUUGAGCGCUCCACUUAUAGGUGUAGGUCCUUGUCACUUACACCGCACCAAUAUCUACUAAAUUUAUUCAGUGGAAUAGAGGAUAUUUCCACACUAGUGUAUUGAGCUGCCUGUAAAUCACUUUUUGACUCUUUUGAGCACUUUUGUUAUACACACUCCUCUGUAAAAAGAGGCAACCUUUGAUUGGUAUUCACAGUGUGAAUAUGUUUAGUGGAUACUAAGCAUAAAAUACACUUAGCUUAACAAUAAAUAGAACAGCCUCCUCAGGUCAUUACCCAGAAAAAUUACCUUUACAUAGCGAAAUAUAUAGAAACCAGAAACAUUUGGGAUAUGGCUGUAAAAUCUAAAUAAAGAACAAAAAAAGAUAUAUAGUGUAAUACAGUUAUUAUGAACAGAUAUGCGCUCAAUAGAGUACACUCACAAGAUAAAGAUGGUUACUGCACUCAAAGGUGCCUCCCCUGAUGUUAUUUGGGGGCUAUUGAUCCCUUUUGUUGGUCCAAUGUAGUUGAUGUAAGACAGGACUUCAAUAGAUUGAGAUGUAAAAAAUCAGCUGCUUUAUUAGUAGGUGAACAGUCACCCAUAAAUAAUAAAGUUAAAAAACAGAGGUCCUGCGUCCCUUCCUCAGGGACCAUAAAAAUUAAAAUCAAUACAAUAGCAAUAACAGUGACAAAGCAGCCUAAUACCCCCCACCUACUAGUCCCCUACUUUCAAUUGGUGAAUCCGUGGGUGUUUCCAUGCAUCCCUGUUUCUAUUGGUGUAGUUGCAGCUCCUGUUCAGCUGUAGAUGUUUAAAUCUUCAGUCCUACUUCAUCCCGGUCAAAAUCCGUAGCAUCUGUGGCUUACCGGAACCAGAAGUGCGGAUGGCAUUAUACUUCCGUGUUUCACGGUCUCAUGCGUUCCAACUUAAAAGAUGUUGAAGUGUGGACCUAUAGCCUUCUGGUGGUCACCAGUAUAAUAGUAUAAUGCCAUUAAUAAUAAAAGACACAGGAGACGAUAUGUAUCUACUGAGAGAAAUAUAAUUAUCAUUAGCCAUAUAUAAGGAUUGUUUAAUAAUACACUGUUUAUACUAUAUCCCUAAAUUAUAAUUCACCAUAACAUAUUAAGGGCAUCUUCACCCUAUCUUCAGAUAUAAAUUACAAAUAAAAUAUAACAACAAUUCCCAUAACCUUAAAGUGACAAGUGCAAAAUUAACCAUAGUAUUAAUUAUCAAGUAAAAAAAAUGUCCCUUAGACUUUUGAAUAAUUCUCCAUAUAAUUGGAUAAAAACCACACAUAUCCAUUACUCUAUAAUAUAAUUUAUAUAUAAAUUAAUAAACUGAGUACUGUGAAAUACUUCAUUUACAAGGUGCAUUAUAUUUGUCUCUACAGAAAGCACAUAUAACUUGGAAGGUGUUAAUAGAUAUGACUACCUCACAAAGAGAUACACAUCCCCGGAUAGCCUGGAUCUGGGCGAACAAUAUAUCCAAAAAUCACCCAGUUCUGUUUGGUAGUUUUGGAUCGCCAACUUGGGGAAGUUCUGACUGGUCUGCAAUGAGGUUGAAGCCCAAAAUAGUUCCAGGGAAGUUGUGGCAAGAGCCGUCUCUGCUCGUGGGGUUUUGUACGAAAACCACAUAAGUUAGAUGAAAGCUGAUUCGUGUAGAAUGCUCCCCGUUUCGGUAGUUUGUAACUACCUCACGAAUGGAGACCGGCUCUAGCCACCACUUCCCUAGAACUAUUUUGGGCUUCAACCUCAUGGCAGACCGGUCAGAACUUCGCCACGAUGGUGAUCCAAAACUACCAAAUGGAUUUGGGUGAUUUUUGGAUAUAUUGUUCACCCAGAUCCAGGCUAUCCAGGGAUGUUGUGGGGUUUCCAUGUAUUUUAGAGGUACUUUUGGGGUGGUUAAGAAAUGUUAGAUUUUUCUGUCCCUGAGAGAUAAAAUAAUUAGUGAUGUGUAUUCCAAUAAUUAUCUCUCAAGCACAGAGGAUCAUGGGAGGAAUUUCCCUGUUGUUCUGUGUUAGAAACCCUGUGUUGGGGAUUUUGCAUAAUAAGCCGUGUGGGGCCGUGUGGGUCUUCUCCCAGCAUUAAGCCUUGGCUCAUGUAUGGGGGGUUAUGGGACAUCGGGGAUAGUUUACGUUUGGGAUUAUUUUAUUUGUGUUCAUUUAUUGGGAAAAAGACAUCCGUGGCGGUGAUACUCUGGCAGACAUAUAUAUAUAAAAUUUCCAAAGGCUUGGCACUCACCUUUCCCAUGUACAAAGACAAUUUUGUACCUUGGGGCUAAUCGCGUUGAAUAGAUAAUUCCAAAAAGGAAGUGGGUGCACUCAAGGGAUAUUUGUGAAAACAAAUUGUAUUUUUUUAUCUCAUGUUAGCAAAAAAUUAACACACUGUUCCGAUCGAUGUUUUGACCCCAAAAGGGGUCUUUCUCCUCUAUAUAAAUGCACGUGGAUCCAGCACUCACUAACCCGGUGUUUUCCUUGUCUGUGUCAGGAUUACAAUAUGAUCCAGCACUUAGAAUUGUGUAACACAGAGGACUGAUAGGUAACGUAAACCGGACCUUAGAAUGGCCGGACUAACGUACCAAAGAACAGUCAGGAAUAGCCGAGGUCAAGGGACACAGAAAGAGACACAGUGAUAAGGAAAAGCCAGGGGUCAGGGAUGCCAGAAAACAGGGAAGUCAAAAUCAACGCCAAAGUCAAAUUAAGUUGUUUUUUAGCUCAGAAAAUUGUGAGUUGUCAUUUGGCCCUUUUUUCACACUUACUUUCUUAUAUACAGUUUACACUAUGUUGUGUAUUUUUUGUUUUAUAUUUAAAGGUAUAUACAGAAUUACUGGUACCUCUAGAAAGAGAACAUUAGUUUUAAGGUACACCCUUUGAAUUGGGUGAACAACAUAUCCAAAAAUCACCCAGAUCAGAGCAAGGGUUCAGGAAAUACCUGGAAGUCUCUUUUGCCUGACCGCACCCAUGAUUUCAUGCCCAAAACUGUUCCAGAGAAUUAGGCUAUGUGGCCGGUCUAUUUCAAAAAGUCAAAGUACUGUUCGAAUUACCAAACGGAACGGUGAAUGCACAUAGUCUGUGUGUGUCUCUUGUUCGUGGAAUUCAACUCACCGAACGCCGUUCGUCUCCUGUUCGAAUAGUCGAAGUUUCCUGGAAGGUAAGUUUUGAGCGGUGUUCGUGCCAUCGCGUAUACGAUUUGAGCUCCAUGAACUCGACGACAAAACACAGCUGAACCCAUUUGACUGAAUAAAAUGGCCACUUCGACUACUUCGACAAUAGUGCUGUAUCCGAAGUGCCACUUCGACUACUUCAAAAGUUAAAGUACAUUGUGCCAAGUCCCAAUAGACACAAUUAGGAUCUCUCAGACAAAAUAAACUAAAGGGGCCAUAGUCACAGGGCAAAAGGCUGGCCCAAGACCCAGUGGCGAAGUUGCUUUCGUCACAACAUAGCCUUAUAUAAUAUUGGUAUAUUUAUUUUUCUAAUUCAAAGUAUUGGUUCUUUCAAAGUAAAACAUUCAACUGUAUAGUAAGCAUGCCCACAUGCAGACACAGACAAUCUCACUGUCACAAGCUCAUUGAUGCACAGGCUCACAGACAGACAAUCUUAUUGAUAUACAUAUGCUCAUUGAUAUAAAAACACAAGCUCAAUGAUGCACACAAAUAGGCCCACUGACAGACAAUCUGACUGACAUACACAGACAAGCUUAUUACAGACAAGCUCACUGUCAUACCCACACACAUGCUCACUGACACCCACGCUGACGCACACAUGCUCAAUAACACACACAUGCUCACUACAGACAAGCUCACUGAAGCACACAUGCUCCCUACAGACAAACUCACUGACACACACAUCCUCCCUACAGACCAGCUCACUGACACCCACACACACAUGCUCACUGACACCCACUUACCCACUACAGACAAGCACACUGAUGCAUACAUGCUCUCUACAGAUGAGCUCACUGAUGCACACAUGCUCACUACAGACAAGCUCACUGAAGCACAUGUGGUCCCUACAGAAAAACUCACUGACACACGCAUGCUCCCUACAGACAAGUUCACUGGCACACACACUCACUACAUACAAGCUCACUGACGCACACAUGCUCACUACAGACAAGCUCACUGUCAUACACAUGCUCACCACAGACAAGCCCACUGACACAAACACAUACAAGCUCGCUCACUAGCAGCCACACACACAAGCUCAAUCAGGAGAAGGCACACACACACAAGCUCACUCACUAGCAGGCACACACACAUACAAGUUAACUCACUAGCAGCAACACACACACAGACAAACUCACUCACUAGCAGCCACACACACAAGCACACUCAGGAGCAGGCACACACAUACACACACACACACAAGCUCACUCAGGAGUAGGUACACACAUACACACACACAAGCUCACUCAGGAGCAGGCACACACAUACAUACACACACACACACACAUACAAGCUCACUCACUAGCAGCAAAACACACACACAAGCUCACUCAGGAGUGGGUACACACAUACACACACACACAAGCUCACUCAGUAGCAGGCACAAACAUACACACACACACAUACAAGCUCACUGACUAGCAGCAAAACACACACACAAGCUCACUCAGGAGUAGGCACACACAUACACACACAAGCUCACUCACUAUUAGCCACACACACAAGCUCACUCGGGAGCAGGCACACACACACACACACACACACACACAAGCUCACUCACUAGCAGGCAUACACACACAAUUACUGUCAUGGCUGAAGCUUACCUGGCACUGGCAAAUUAAGUUGACAUUUUGUGGCCUCUUUCUUCCAGAGAGGUCAGCAACAUGUGAACGGGACGAAGCUUUGUGUGGGGGCGGGGCUUCUGAGGUGGUGCUUACAUGCAGGGGCAGGGCAUGCGGUCAAAAUUGAUAUACAUUUUGAAGGGAGACUGACAGUUGCCUAAUUGCGGAUGCACCAGCCCCCAGCUCCUUCCUCUUUACUCCACUCGUACUGACACAGGCUAGCACAAUCCAAAGGUAAAAUGCUUAAAUUACAUUAGCCUGAUGAUUUGGGCUGUCUGUCUGGCCCCAGGUGCCACAGCCCACCGCCAAAUUUUCUGUUACCCCGGUGGGCAAGUCCAGCCCUGGGUGCAUGUGGGUAAGUGGGCUGAUGUGUGCAGAAUCCAGCAAGUCAUGGGACAGAAUCAAAUUACAGGGGUAGAGUCCCUAGAGCCACAUCAGCUUUUUUAUUUCAAAAUUCUUUAUUUUUAUUUUGAAUUAAAAGUCAGUAUAUACAUAUACAAAGAUGGCUUAGAGUUAAGCAUAAAGGUUUGUUACAGUGUAGUACAGGCUCCGAGUGCACAGCUCACCUGUAUGGGCAUGACCAUUAGAUGGCCUCGGAUAGCAAUAGGAUCAUGUCUAUACAGUGAUUAAUUUCAGAGUGUACAUGUGUAGUGUCCCGUAAUACUAAGUUCACUUAUGGUAAAGACAUUUCUACAAGACAUUUUAGUUAGGAUAUUUUGCGAUCUGUUUAGUUGGUUUGACCUCUGUUUAAAGUAGUCCCCCCUCGAAGAGUUCUUUGGUUUCAGUUAUAAAUAUGUGUUCCCUUAGUUAGGGUCGGCCUGAUGAGGAGAGGGUUUCUUAAUUCUAGACCGCAGUUGGUUGGCUGAGAGAUUGGGGGAUUCACUUAUUGUCUUCUCCUGUCUGGGUUUUGUGUCCAAAGGUGAUGUGGUUGUGGUCGAUGGUAUGGCCCUGAGUUAUUUAGCACAUCAGCUUUCAACUUCACUAGCAACCACUGAUACAGGUGCUAUAUGUAUCCAUGUGAAAUAAAUUUUGGUGGUGGUGACAUAACGGUUAGUAGCUUUGACUGUUUGUGCUCAUUUUAAGUUAUUAGAAAUACUAAGAAAUACUGAACACAAAAGAAACCUGUAUGACAUGUUUCGUACGUGUGUGUUGAAGUUUAUAGCCUUACGUGCUAGUUUAAGUUUGCUAAGAACAUGUUUUUGCAUCACCAUCAUUCCCUCAUAUCAUGAAAUGUCACAGUAUACACAUUGCAAGAGGUAAGGGUUUUACCAGUCAAGAUUCUAGAGUAAAAUGGGACUUCCCCUUUUACCUACUUUAUAUGUCUUAAAUUCAAUUAAAUCCAUCAUUUUGUAGUUGGCAAACAAGUAGAUAUUGACUGGAUUAAAUAAAGUUACAACAAAAAUAGGAAAAUAUCAGUAUAAAAAGAGACUCCCUCAUAAGAAAAACUCACAUAUCUAUUGUGUAACAUACAAAAUUUAAUAAAAAUAGAGAACCAAGAGAUCAAAUAUAAAUAAAAGUCACAAAAUGAAUGUCUUUUGUAGUCCUUAAACAAGCUAUGAUAAGUGCUUAAUCGAACCUGUUAUUAGCAUAGGCAGUCAAUUAAUUCUCCUAACUGGAGAACAGGGCCUGCAACAUGGGGCAGCAGAGGGCAAUGACCAGAGGGCUGCCCACAAUUAGGAGGUGUUAGGGGCAACAGCGACCAGCCACUCUUCACACUACCACAGAUUUGGGGGAGGGAAAGGAAGCACCAGCAUACUGGGAGAUAUGGAGAGGAGUGAGAGAUUAAUGAAGGGGAGAGAGGAAGAUGGAGCUGGGAGAUUGAGAUGUGAUAGGGGGAGCUCAGACGAGAGAGGGAGACACUGCCUGUAAGCAGAGAAUUCCAGAGCAGCAGGGUUUUAUAAUUAUUAUUUUUGGUAUUUAUAUAGCGCCAACUUAUUUUACAGCACUUUACAAUAUUAUACAGAGGGAAAUAUAACUAUAAAUGAGACUGUGCUAGUCUUUGAGUUUGACAUGCUUGCCUUACAAGAUACAGCCUCUCCAUAUGCAUGGCAACACUGGAAUCAAGUGAUGUCCGAUCUAUUCCUCCUCGUGCUCAGAGGAGGCCAUGCGAGAAGACAGAAACUGCACAUCACAGCACCCUGAGUACAGCCCGCCAUCGAUACUGACUGUUUCUGUCAAUGCUUGUAUGUGUGUGGCUGUCAGUGUGUGUGUGUCUAUUAGUAUGUGUGUCUGUUAGUGUGUGUAUGCCUAGAAGUUGGUGUGUGUGUAUGUUUGCCUGUGCAUGGCUGUAAGGCAUGUGUGUAUUUUUUUCAGUGUGUCUAGCAUUGAGAAUCACUGUGUGAGUGUAUGUCUGUGCGGCAGUUUGUAUCGGUCCGACAAAGUCUAGAGCCAUCCUUGAAAUAGAACAUAUCUUCUACAACAUAUCUUCUUUUUAGGUAUCAGCAGUUCAUUAUAAAUAUGGAGGGUUUAAGAAUAGCUUACAUCAGCUUAUUUAAAGACUACAAAGAAAAUUAGUUUUGUAAGCCUUCGAGAGUGUUUGCUAUUUAAAAUUAUAUCUUGUAUUGUGUGAUUUAAUAAAAACGCUGGGAAAUACCAAAAUAAAGUUUUAGUGUAGGCAGAAGACAGAAUAAUAAUUCAUGUUUCUUUCUGUAACUUUUUUCAGAGUGGGCAACAUUUGCUUUAGGACCUGGUCACGGCAUACAACUAAAAUCCGGUCGACUACUUGUUCCUGCUUACACCUACCACAUCGAAUGCAGAGACUGCUUUGGAAUACUUUGCCGUACCACUCCACGAGCCUUUGCCUUUCGCAGCGAUGAUCAUGGCAAAAAUUGGAAGUUGGGAGAGCUUGUCCCAAAUCUGCAGACGGUGGAGUGCCAGUUGGUGUCAGUGGAUGAGGAAGAUGGGAAUAAUGUUUUGUACUGCAAUGCCAGGAGCCCACUGGGCUUUCGUGUACAUGCUUUGAGCUCUGAUGAGGGCAUAGUGUUCCAGCCAGGGCAACUAAUUGAGAAGUUGGUGGAGACGCCCAAUGGGUGCCAUGGAAGUGUCAUUGGUUUUCCUGCUCCACUAAGUUUAUACUCCAGAUUUAAUACAAAUAAACUCACACUAGGAGGUUUAAAGAGUACUAAAGCUUCAGAAAUGCAACACUGUUGCAAGAAAAAGCAUCAUGUCAAACAACCUAAAAGGUUUGGAGAAAAUGUACUUUUGUCCAAUCAAUACAGCAGUGUCUGUAACUCAAUGUUUCACAAGCAAUGUCUUGGUAUGGAUCAAGCUUGUAAUGGUGGCAAUCAGGCUCUUCUGUGUUCUGAAUCAUCAACCUUUGUGGAGUUAGAAUUCCUCCAGAAGCAGAAAGAGACUUUUUGUACAAAUCAGAAAUUCCAGACUCCUACCUGGGUACUCUACUCCCAUCCCACAAGUUCUCAGUCAAGGGUAAAUCUGGGAGUUUACAUUAGCCCAUAUCCUCGUGAUGCUGACAGCUGGGCAGGCCCUUGGGUUAUUUAUGAAGGACCCAGUGCUUAUUCAGAUAUGGCAUACUUGGAACUUUCUUCAGGUGAAUUGGGUGGAACUGGCUCUCCUCCAGUCAUUGCAUUUGCAUGCCUCUAUGAAAAUGGUCUUAUUUCGCCUUAUGAACAAAUAUCAUUUAGCAUCUUCACACUGUAUGAGGUUAUCCAAAGCUUACCUCCAAACUCUUUGGUCUUCCAUGAGAAGCAAAAUGAAGACAGGCAGAAAGGAAACUGUGUAAUGUCUUAGGUCUUACUUAAGCUGAUUUCACUUUUGUUCAAUAGAUCAACUGAUCGAAAAAAAUAAUCUAAUAAAAGUGUCAAUUAAGUUUUUAAAUUCAGAACAAACUUGGAAACUGUUCGGUGUCACUAGGGAUAGCAAUAGGAAAAUCCCAUAAUCUUCUAAUAGAGGCUGUAUUAAAUCAAUCUUUAAUUAACUUGAUGGUCAAUGAAGAAGGAAU